UGUGAGCAGAAUUAAACCAUUUCAGCCGUAGAAUGACGGCGAUGUGAAUGUUUACAACAACAAUAUAUUCAGUUCGGCCUCUUAAAGAUUUAACAAAAAGCGACCGAAGAAGAAGACAUGGAUUCAGGUGACAGGCUGCUGGAUCUGAACAGAAGAUCCCAAACAACCCGAAACGGAGCAGAUCGUCUGCGGCAGAAUUUCACAGAUCAUCAGGAUGGGAGCUCUAAUGUGAACCAGGAGAAACAAGAAAUUGUUCAGAUUAAAGAAGAAAGAGAUGAACUGAAACCGCUGCAGAUGACAGACGGCAAGAAGAAGCAGGAACUUCUGAAUGUAACUGAGAACCAGAUGGCACUACAACAUCAAGAGAUUAAGGAAGAACAGGUGGAACUACAAGUUGUGCAGGUCAAAAAGGAACACAAGGUGAAACAAGAGGCCCUGCACAGAUCGCAGAACCAUGUGGAGCGAAAGAAUCAACACAUGAAACCAGAACCAGAGGAACUGGAAAUCUUGCAGGUGAAAGUGGAAGAGAUGGAAAUGUGCAUUGGUCAGGAUGAGGAGAAGGUUCCACUGAAGCUGGAGGCUAAUUCCUUUGAGGAAAGAGACUGUAUUGAGCCAGAACCAAUCAUGAAUGGACCCGACUCCCAGUACUCUCCAGAAGCUGAGAACCAAAACCAUGAAGGAAGCAAUCCUGAAGACUCCGACUCAAGCCGGAACGAGAACCUGUAUUCCUGUGACGUUUGUGAUAAAUAUUUCACACUCAGUAGUUACUUAAAUGAUCACAUGAGAACUCACACAGGUGAGAAGGCGUUCACGUGUCUGACCUGUGGAAAAACGUUCACUCAGAGAUGUAACCUGACCCGUCACAUGAGAGCUCACACAGGCGAGCGACCUUAUCCAUGCGAAGUGUGCGGUAAAGGUUUCAACGACAGCGGGGAUUUAACUCGUCACAUGAGAACACACACUGGUGAGAAACCUUUCUCGUGUGUGACCUGUGGGAAAGGUUUUACCAGGCAGAUCAGCCUGACUGCUCACAUGAGAAUACACACGGGUGAGAAGCCUUACCCAUGUCUGUCAUGUGGGAAAAGCUUCACUCAAAGCAGCGCCUUAACCGUCCACAUGAGAACCCACACGGGUGAAAAGCCGUAUCCCUGCGGGGUGUGCGGGAAACGCUUCUCCCGGAGCUGCCACCUAAACGUCCACAUGAUCACUCACACAGGCGAGACAUUCCCGUGUCUCACCUGCGGGAAACAUUUCACCCAUAACAGUGCCUUAAAUGUCCACAUGAGGAUUCACACAGGUGAGAAGCCGUAUCCAUGUGGGCUAUGCGGUAAGUCCUUCUCUCGGAGUAGCCUACUGACUGUUCACAUGAGAACGCAUUCAGGAGAGAAACCCUAUCCAUGCGAAGUGUGUGGGAAGUACUUCUCGCGGCGCAGCCACCUGACAGAUCACAUGAGAACCCACACAGGGGAGAAACCUUUCUCCUGUCAGACCUGUGGAAAGUGUUUCAGUGGCAGGCAUAGUUUGAAGUUUCACAUGGGGACUCACACACGAGAAAAUUUGUUAUUUUCAAGUUCAAAUUUAAGCGGAACUAAAGUUAGAUCACAGUUUCUCCCUGAGCGUCAUAGGGAGAAGCACGGCAGAUCCAAACAGAGCCUGACAGCGUUAGCUUUGCUUCUGAGACUGACAGGAGACUCCAUCUGUGCUUUUCGGCAGAGCAUUUCACUGUCUGCAGUAAAAAUGUAUUCAGCUCAGCCUCAGAGAGCGCUAAGAAAGGAGCAUGAAACUCCCGCCGAAGAAACAUUUCCUGAGUUCAAAGAAAUCAUCGUCAAGUCCGAAGAGGAGGUCGAUGAACUGCCUCAAUAUUAUGGCAGUAAAGACAACCAGCAGCCCUCUACCCAGGAGAAGAAAACCAGUUUAGACGAGGAGGAACCAGAACCUCUUCUGAUGAAACGGGACCAAGAGGAUCAAGAGGAGCAGGUGGAGCUGGUACAUCUGGAGAUAAAAGAGGAAGAGGAGGAACUCUACAUCAGUGAGGAUCAAGAGAGUCUUAUGUUGAAGCAGGAGAUUGAUACUUCAACAAUGACUCUUUGCAAUAAGGAAAAAUCUGCUUCUAAACAUAACCAGAAAAAGGAUCUUGAAGACCCUGGAUCCAGAAAAGACGAAGAACCAAAACAAAACAACUUCCUGAAAACUCAUACAUUCAAGAAUCUGUACUCCUGUAAAAUUUGUGGCAAAAUUUUCCCUCAAAACAGUCACUUAACGAGACACAUGAGAAUUCACACAGGUGAGAAGCCGUUUUCCUGCGUCACCUGUGGAAAAUCCUUCAGUCAGAAAGGUAACUUAGCGUAUCACAUGAAGGGUCACACCGGUGAGAAGCCCUUCUCGUGCAUCACCUGUGGAAAAAGCUUCAGUUUCAAAAGUAUUUUACUCAUUCAUUCAAGAAUUCACACAGCUGAGAAGCCCUUCUCAUGUCUGACCUGUGGAAAAAGCUUCACCCAGAAAAGCAGUUUGACGUAUCACAUGCGGGUUCACACGGGUGAGAAGCCGUUCUCCUGCAUGUUCUGUGGAAAAACCUUCCGGCAAAGAUCGAAAUUAACUCGUCACACCAGAAUCCACACUGGAGAGAAGGCGUAAAACUGAAGCAUAAAGAUGCUUUUGAGACUCAAUUAAUCAGAAUCUGGAGUGAUUAAUAAGUGAUCACAGCUUAACUAAAUUUUUCUGGUGGAAAAAAAAGAAUCGCACUAAAAUAUUAAUUACACUAAUGUAAUGUCUUUCUGCCAAAUUUGACUUCCCAGUUUAAAGGGAGGUUCAAUCGGCGAACCAAACAGUGCUGAUGUUUGAUCUUUUUGUCUUCCUCUGCAUGGAUCUUCAUUGACUUCAAAGCAAGUCUGACUUGUGAUGUUUUUCCAGUGUAUUUUUUUAUGUGCAGAUUGUUUUCAUUGAAGAAUGUGUUGAUCAAAUAAUUUAAAUGUCUGAUUUAAAAAUGUCUUGGAAUAAAAAAUUGUCUAGGUUUUACAGAACAAAUGGACUGGUUGUCAGUUUUUCCUCAUAAUAAACAUGAAAUCCUGGUCGCUAUUAGGGACCAUUGAAGUUUAAAUACAUAAAAGCAUAUCUGACAUUUUAAUGUGUUUCCCUUCGUGUUCAGUGUUAUGAAUAGAAAAGUAAUAAAACCUGGUUGAUGCAG